AAUCAGCGGGAGCAGAGGGCCUCAUUUGCAUGCAGCGCCCCGCCCACCCCUCGCGCUGCUGACGUCAGCGGGGCUCUGCAAGCGGCGGGGCGGGCGCGCGCCGCUGCUGCAGUUCUGCGGGAGGCGCGGCGCGAGCGCGGGCUGGAGAUGGCGUCCGCUACCGACUCCCGCUAUGGGCAGAAGGAAUCCUCGGACCAGAACUUCGAUUACAUGUUCAAAAUCCUCAUCAUCGGCAACAGCAGCGUGGGGAAAACCUCCUUCCUCUUCCGCUACGCCGACGAUUCCUUCACGCCCGCCUUCGUCAGCACCGUCGGCAUCGACUUCAAGGUCAAAACCAUCUACCGGAACGACAAACGCAUCAAGCUGCAGAUCUGGGACACGGCCGGGCAGGAGCGGUACCGCACCAUCACCACCGCCUACUACCGCGGGGCCAUGGGCUUCAUCCUGAUGUACGACAUCACCAACGAGGAGUCCUUCAACGCCGUGCAGGACUGGUCGACCCAGAUCAAGACGUACUCGUGGGACAACGCGCAGGUCCUGCUGGUGGGGAACAAGUGUGACAUGGAGGACGAGCGCGUGGUGUCGGCCGAGAAGGGCCGCCAGCUCGCCGAGCACCUGGGUUUCGAGUUCUUCGAGGCCAGCGCCAAGGACAACAUCAACGUCAAGCAGACGUUCGAGCGGCUGGUGGACAUCAUCUGCGAGAAGAUGUCGGAGUCGCUGGACACGGCCGACCCCGCCGUCACCGGCGCCAAGCAGGGCCCCCAGCUGACGGACCAGCAGGCCCCCCCCCACCAGGACUGUGCCUGCUAGGACCCCCCCCACCACCCCACACCCCGCUCGGUGCACGUAUCCGUCCCCCCCCAACCCCAGCACCCCCUUUUUUUUCCCCCCAGGGGGGGCUUUUUUGCUGCUGAUACCUCGCAGGCUCCCCAAAGGGUUGGCGCCUGCCCCUUUUUCCCACCCCCCCCCCUUAUCAAUUAGGCUGUGCCCCCCCCCUCUCCUGUUUUCCCCUUAAUUUAUUUUUAAGCCUGGGAUGGUAGGAGGAAACCCCACCCCCUUCCUAUUGCCCUCCUGAGCCCAAAUAUCUCAGAAAAAAACACUUUUUUUGCCGUUUUGCUUGCAGGGUGAUGGGGAGGGGGGGCCAGGGACCCGACACCCCCAUCCCCAUUACGGGGGCAGCGCCUGCCCGGAGACCCCUUGGGGGGUCUUUUGGCUGCCCUGCGCCCCCUCCCCAGCUGGCUGGCUGCUCCCCCCCCAGCCUAUUUGUAUAAAUAAAUGCUAAUUUAUGCCCCCCCCGCCCCCCCCCCCUCGCUGUCUUCCUCCCUGUACAUAGGAGUCCCUGUAAAUAGCCGUAGGACGUGCGCUGUGCCGUGCCCCCCCCCGUCGCU